GGGUGUCCGUGCAAUUUCCCAAAAUAUAACCUACGCUGAGUAUAGAGUCGGUCGACUUCAAUGCUCCCCAAAUCCUUCUCUUGGAAGGAGGCGAGACGGGGACGACUUUGCUCUGUCUUCGAGUCUUCACAAUUAGCUUACUGUUGAUCGAUCGUUUUCUGUGCGAAUGAAAUGAUGAGUUUAGGGUUUUCGAAUGCUGGGGGUUCAUCAUCAUCGUCCAAUUUAUCUCCUUUAGCCCCUCCUUUUACCAAAACCAAUUCAAACCAACUUGUGAACUUCACUGAACUGCCUAAUGCUAUCCCCUUCCAUUCUUCUCUCGGCAGCUGGCAGUAUUCACACUCUUCACCGCCUAGACCUGAUUUGUUUUCCAAUAUUGACUUGGGCGUUGAUUCAAUCCGGACCACAUGUCUGCCUUCAGCUGACUACUAUGGAUAUGUCGGUUCUCACCCCGCCAGUUCACCUAACACACAUGUGCCCCCAUUAAACCCUAAUAUCAGUACUGCAACCAAGACGUUUACUUUUUCGCAGCAUUCAAGUGACAUGCCAAGAAAUCAUGUAGAAAUUGAGCCAUAUUAUUCUUCAUCUCUGUCACCUGUCGUUGCUGAUGAUGAUCCUCUGGUGGCCAUUAAUGAACCUAGCUAUGACUCAUUGUCUGCUUCUAGUGUUGUGCCCUUGCUUGGAUCUGCUGAAACUGAUUACAAUGACCGCUUGUCUGGUUUGGAGUACACACCACAAUGGGGUGGCUUCUGUAGUCUUGAUGACAGGGAACAGUGUAAACGAGUAGAAGUUAAUGGGAGUUUCUGCUCUGAUGGGACAAGUGUUGCUGCUUCAAAUGUGUACAAUAAUUAUAUCAAACAAGGGGCUGGUCCGUCUGGGGGCUUGAGCAAACGUGAAGAAGCUCAGGCAGUUUCACAUAGAAGACACGUAAAUGGUUUGGGAAUAGAAAGCCAAGUUGUGUCUCCAAGUGCAGAAAAGUUUAACUACAAAUCCUCUUCACUGCAAGAUCCCAGCAUCAUCUCUGGUGAAUCCUCUAAAAUAUCAAUCUCGGGAAGCUUAUCAAUUCAGGAAUUUCUUGAUGAGGCAGUCACAGAUUUCUGCAAUUAUCAAAGUCCAUACGCAUCAUAUGAUAAAUCCUUCCAACAAUUUGAUUCUUGCAUGAAUGAUUGCUUACCAAUGAAAAACUCUUUGCCUGCCACAGACAACAGACUGGUUUCCAUUGGCAGUACUGUGAAUGUGCCAAUUACAGUUUCAUCUGAAUAUGUGAACUCAGUUGGCAAUUUUUCAAUCAUUAAGAGCAACGGUUUUGGUCACUGCUAUUCUUCUAAUGGAAAGGAGCCUCACUUGUCCCAGAGUUCUGGCAAAGAAGUUUGCUUAGAUACUAGCAGACUGAACUUGCCCAUGGAAAGAGGAGCUGUCAAACAAGAAGAGCUGUUAAACCAACCUGUUUCUGAGGUCUUGGAUCAGAUGCCAAAAUCUGGAAUCAUAUUUGAACUCCCAAAUAUAACUAUUCCAGAUGGAUUCAAUCUGGCAAUUGAUGGUAGUAAAGGCUAUACUGCAACUGAGGAAUCUUCAGAGAUUUUAGAUCAUUAUAAUCCUGCUGUUGAUUCACCUUGCUGGAAAGGUGUUCCAACUUCUCGUUUUACACCAUCUGGAGGUUCUGAAGCUGUUAGCCUGCAGAAUCUUAAGAAGAAAUCAGAAGCAUGUAAGAGUUCGAAUCUUCAACAAACUCAGAUAUUCCCUCCCUGCUCUGGUGAUACGAUGAAGACUUCCUCUUACAGUUUAUGUGAGAACAGUGCUUACUCUGGGAAUGGGUAUGUGGAGCUGGGUUCAUUGCUUUCUCCUGACAGACUCUCAAAUGCUAAUUGCUCAGCUAGGGAGCAAGGUUUAGCUGAUGCUCUGGAAGCAGGAUUCAAUUUUCAUAAAAGUCAAUUUGGGAAUGAAUUAAAACUCUAUGAUGACAUCAAAAAACACAGAGAAGAAUAUGGCAUACCUAAUAGCUCAAGAAAGAAUCUUGAACUGAAUCCUUCCCACACCAAACAACCGAGUUUUCAGAAAGGUGAUGUCACAUCUGGAAGAGAGUCCAAACUGGGUUCUGGUGACGAGGAAUCUGGGUUGAAUGUUAAUAAUACAUUAAAAGACUGCAGCAUGGAAAGUAUUGCAUGUUUGCCUCUUGAAGAAGAUGAUCGCAAGCUGUGCCAACCAUAUCCAGCAGAAUCAACUCCAAAAAUGAAUGUCCAGAUGUUGGUUAAUACCAUGCAUAAUCUUUCAGAAUUGCUUCUGUUUCAUUGUUCAAAUGAUACCUCUUCACUAUCAGGACAAAAUUGUGAGGCUCUUAAGCAUGUAAUUAACAAUCUGGAUGCAUGCCUACCAAAGAGGUUUGUACAUGCAAACUCGGCACGAGAAUCAACAUUUUCCCAAGGAGGUGCUUCCAGUGAAUCUAGAAAGCUACCCGAUUUAAAUAAGGAUGUCAGUACAGGCAGGUAUAAUGCAGAUGUUACGAAAGCUAACAACACGGUUCAGGCUAUAAAGGAGGUCCUCAAAGAGGACUUUAGUGGCGAGGAAGAAACACAUACAGAAACACUUAUGUUUAAGAAUUUAUGGCUUGAGGCUGAAGCUGCCUUAUGUUCUACUAGCUACAGAGCUCGAUUUAACCGUGUGAAGAUUGAGAUGGAUAAAUCCAAGUUCCAAGACACGAAAGAAACCACUGAGACUGUUGAGAAAACCCUGAGCUCUAAGUUUUCUCCUGAUCCAAACUUAUCUCUGAAAGCAACAGCUGAGGCUAAAGAUGGUUCAUUAUCAAAGAACUUCAUCCAGGGUUCCCCUGAUUCAAGCGCAACAAAAACCAUUGAGAAGCUACCAAGUUCUAAUGAUUCUCCUGAUCACUACAGAAAUAUCGAAGUGUCAUCUGAUACUAAAGACAGCUUCUCAUCAGAUAACUUGAUUCAGGAAUCGCCUGUUUCAAAUAGAAACAAGAUUAUUGAUGACGUUGAGGCUUCUGUUAUGGCCAGGUUCCAUAUCCUCAAGUACCGGGGUCAGAACUCAAAUUCUGGAAGUUCAGAAGGGCAGCAAUCGGAAGAAUCGGUGAAUUCACCAUAUAUGCAAGAACAAGACGGACCUCAUUCACAGAACAGCGAUGGACCUCAUUCUGAGCAUGAAACCGAGAAAGAGUUACUUGUAAGUGCUACAGAUGAUCAUCAGGUGAUCAGGCCCGGAAUUCAGCUGCCUUCAGGUUGGUCGGAUAGCUCUUCGUCCGAUUGGGAACAUGUGUGAAGAAUAAACGUGCUGUCAAAACUGAUUUAGGUCUCUUUGGGCUAUUUCCAUACUAUUUCUGUUUGACUGAUGUAUAUACAUAUGGCUAUAUUUCUGGUUUUCAGGGGAGAUUGUUCUCAAACUUGUAAAAAGCUUUUGAUGAACACCCUAUGAAUUCGUGAAACCUGCAUUAAUCCUUGUUAUCUUUA